AUGUCGAGAAAAUUGGCGAAAGUCGAUAAACUUGACGCAGAAGAAGAAACUAUGAACAUUGAUUUAGAGGGAUUUCUUCCAGAUAUUGGUGAUCGCGACAGCGUUAAAAUUUUGUUGAAACAUCUUUUCCCAAGCAGCUCAGCUAUCAAUGUAGGAAAUCUCACUGAAUUUAUUGUAUCACAAAAUGCAAUCGGCACUGUAGUUAAACCUGCAUGUGUUGAAGAUGGUGAGAGUGAUGAUGAUAGUGACGAUGAUAACAUUGUUUUUGCUGUGACCAGUGUAGUAGAUUUUAGCCAUGAAUCAUCUGAGAAACACUCCAUUGUCAAAGAUCUUCGGAACUUCAUCCUCAAAGAAGUUCGACGUUCGAAAAACAUUCUGACGAAAGACAAAGUUGAAGAGCUUCUUACGAAGGAUGUGAACUGCAAGCCAUUUCUGCUUAUUAAUGAACGGUUUGAAAACUUACCGCUUUCUGUUUGUGCUGAAGCUGUUUCUUCUUUACCAUCGGAAUUUAAAUCUUCCAACUUAUGUCCUACACAUCUUUUGCUUCUGUCAUGGGCGUAUUCAGAAGAAGCUGGAGACAUUAAUAAGAAAUAUGAAUACGCAUAUCCCGAAAUGGAAUUUAUUGUUCCUCAUGCAUUGCAUGUGUUGGAGUUAGAUCUUAAAAGCCUUACUUCUCAUGGUGCAAAAGAGAAACAAAGUGGCGAUAGUGAUAACGAAGAAACAAAUGACUUUAAUACUCUGUUAUUGAUAGUUAUUCCAAUGGACAAAUUUCAUGAUAUUUUAACUUCCUUGACUAGUCACGUGUAA